AGCAAAAGUGGCAGAGGAGCUUUGCAUUUAGUUUAUGAUAAACUAAAAUAAAAGGAUUUAUCAUCCUUUUAAUAUUUCUGAAUACGGCUCUACAUGUUAAUCCAUCCAUACUAAUUUUUACCACUAGAAUAAGUUUAUGAAUGUUUUUGAGAUAUUAAUUUUGUAGCAUGCUUUGCAUAAUGUGGUAGAAACAUAAUAAUUUUCUAAGAAAUAGCAAGCAACACUAAAUCUAAGGAAGAAGCAUAGUAAUAGGAUGAUAAUCUAGUUACAUCACAAGCUUAAAUAUCAACAUAAUAAAUACAUUAAGUAGCGACUUUUGGAAUGACUUUGGUUAUCAUAACAAUCUAUAGUUACAAAUUGUUAUGAUCGCUACAGUUGUAGUUGGCAGAAGGCAACCAUAAAUUUCCCUGUAGUAUUAACACAUGAAAUGAAGCAAAGAGUGAAUGGCUUAUUAUUAAAGUUAAGACAGAGCCAGCAACACUAUUACUAAGCGCAGUAAUGUUGACUG